AUGGGUGAUAAGGUUUCUUCAUAUUCUGUGUCUCAGCCUCUUCAGGAAGAUAGUCUGCCUUCGCCGUGUACAGAAGCCUCCCCAAACAGUCCUGAUCAUGGAACAAAGAGACCAGUCAGGCAGUGUAGAGAGAAUCCUGAUCUUCAAAGGAAAAAAUCAAAAACUGGCAAAGUUGGAAAUCAGGUAGAAGUUGAUAGAUGGGAAGAAGACCAAAGGAUAGGUUGUGCUGCUCGCGUGGUCGAGAUAAUCCAGACUGACCAACAAUCGACCGAAUUGGUGUUUGUCCACUUUGAGGGAUGGCCACCCGAUCAAGCCGACUGGGUCAAACCUCAGGAGAUUUCAUCCCCAAGCACCAAGACACACUACGGACCACUUGGAAAAGAAAGCGACGAAUCCUGGGAAGAAUACGGCGAUUUCUAUUACCAACAAUCUAAAGACAAACAAAAUGCUAACCCUGUCCGCCAGACUGGUCUUGUUCAGGAUCUACGGAUGUCAUUCCAUGCCUGUCCCUGCCACGAACGCGAGACUGUUCAUCCAGAACAACCAGGUCGUAUUCGUUCCAUACUCGACGCAUUCUACACUAACCGCAUGCUGCGGUACUUUCGCCGUGUUCAUGCAAGAGAAGUUACAAAGGAAGAACUUAUGAGGGUCCACACGUUUGCUCAUGUUCGAAACUAUUAUCCCUAUCACACCAAAGCGACCUCGAUCGAAGCUCUCCUCAAUCCAACCCCUCCUCCUCCUACUACCACAACCACAGCUAAUGUUACUCCUCGUCCAACUUCUCAUCUUCUUCAUUUGGUACCUUCCGAAAACACAGUCAACACUCUCUUUCCACCAUCUCCACCUCUCUUACCUCUUACCACAAAUAAUACUACACUAACAUCACCAAAUACACCACCCGGACUUAUUCACCAAAUGACCUGUGGAGAACUUGGGAUAGCCGGUGACACCACCUUUCACCCUCAUCAUUCAAGUCUCUCUGCACGUGUAUCUGCAGGUGCCCUCAUUGAACUCAGUAACCAGAUUGUCGAAGGUCGUCUUCGGAAUGGCUUUGCGCUCAUCCGACCACCAGGUCAUCAUGCUGAAGAUGAUGGUGCAAUGGGAUAUUGCUUCUUUAAUAAUGUGGCUGUGGCUGUGGCUUCUAUUCUCGAGACAUAUCCCAAGGUAGUUAAGAAAGUGCUGAUCAUAGACUGUCAUGGAAACGGAACGCAAUCAAUAUUCUACGACAAUCCAAAUGUACUCUACAUAUCAAUCCAUCGUUGGGACAACGGUAGCUUUUAUCCAUUUAGUGGUGGACCUGAAGAGUGUGGAGUGGGUCCUGGUCUUGGCCGGAAUGUCAAUAUUGCGUUGAGUGCUUCCGAAGAAAAACCCAGACCAAUGGGUGAUACCGAGUUUGUGGCUGCAUUUCAUCAUAUUAUUAUUCCAAUUGCACGACAAUUUGAUCCAGACAUGAUAUUUGUAUCUGCAGGUUAUGAUGCUGCCGAAGGACAUUCAGAACAACUUGGAGGUUACAGUGUGACUCCCCAUGGAUUUGGACUCAUUACAAAAAUGGUAAAUGAUCUUGCCAAAGAAGUCUGUCAAGGCAGACUGGUACUUACACUUGAAGGUGGUUAUGCACUGGAGCCAUUAGCCAACAGUGCGGCUGCAAGUGUGGCUCAAUUGUUAGAGGCAGAUACUGGACAGAAUCGUAUACUCAGCUACACCGAAUCUCUUCAUACAACCAAGCCAAAUCUUGGAGCUCAACAGUCGUUCCGUCAGGUGGUGAACAUUCAAAAAGACUACUGGGAUCUCCCGGAUUAUCUAUUUAAACCCAAUUAUCGGUUUCAUUUGCCUAGUCUUUGGCGUGCAACUCACAGUAUCACUCACCGACCAAGAAGGAACAGGCAACCAAAACUUGAAGUUCUUGAAAGUUAUUAA